ACUGUAUAACAUUGGAGCGAGCCGACAAGAGAGGAGGCGGACCCGAGCGCGACAAUUGUUAUAAAAUAGCGCACACACUAGACCUCACUGAGAAUUCGCUCUGGAAGAAUGGAAAUCGCUUCAGGACCGAUCAGUUCGUGCUCUAAAGAGCAACUUAAAAUCUACCAAACUUGGUUCAACUUCGCUGAUUCAGAUCGUGAUGGCCGUUUGACUGGGAAUGACGCGACCAGCUUUUUUGCCAUGUCCAACUUAUCGAAGCAUGAACUCAAGCAGGUUUGGGCAAUUGCUGAUUCCAAGCGACAAGGGUUUUUAGGUUUCAAGGAGUUUACCACUGCAAUGCAGUUGAUCUCUUUCGCCCAAGAAGGAUAUGAACUAACCUCAGAACUCCUUAAAAGCACAGUUAGUUUGGAAACACUGAAUCCUCCGUAUAUGGAAGGUUUGGAUGCUUUACUGGAAAAAAAUAAAGGUCCAGUAUCAAAUGGCAAUUAUGAAACCAAUGGAAAUAUACAGGUGCAACCAACACCACCGAAGAGUUUGUUUAGCACACACUCUAAAAAGAAGAACAAUAUUUCUCUCACUGCUGUUACUUCAGUGAUUGACGGCUUGAAGAUACUGUACAAUGAGAAGCUAAAGCCUCUAGAAGCUACUUACCGAUUUAAUGAUUUUGUAUCCCCUUUUCUGACUAGUAGUGAUUUUGAUGCCAAGCCCAUGGUCAUGCUUUUGGGUCAGUACUCAACUGGAAAAACCACAUUUAUAAAACACUUGCUCCAAUGCAGCUAUCCAGGUGCUCAUAUUGGACCUGAGCCAACUACUGACCGGUUUAUUGUUGUUAUGUCUGGGCCCGACGAAAGGAGCAUUCCUGGAAAUACUAUUGCAGUUCAUGCAGACUUGCCUUUUACUGGUUUGACUACAUUCGGUGGAUCAUUUUUGUCGAAGUUCGAGUGUUCUCAAAUGCCACAUCCACUGCUUGAACAUAUAACAUUUGUGGACACUCCUGGGGUUUUGUCUGGAGAAAAGCAACGCACCCAGAGAAGCUAUGAUUUUACAGGUGUCAUAUCAUGGUUUGCAGCAAAAUGCGACUUAAUACUCCUUCUAUUUGAUCCUCAUAAGCUUGACAUCAGUGAUGAGUUCAAGCGGGUUAUAUCAUCGUUACGUGGUAAUGAUGACAAAAUACGUGUUGUCUUGAAUAAAGCUGAUCAAGUAGAUACUCAGCAGUUGAUGAGAGUUUAUGGUGCACUAAUGUGGUCACUUGGAAAAGUUCUGAACACUCCAGAGGUCUCACGUGUCUAUAUUGGAUCAUUCAAUGACAAGCCGGUGAAUGAAGCAGCUGCUGGUCCAGUAGGAAAGGAACUUUUUGAGAAAGAGCAAGAUGACCUCCUGUUAGAUCUGAUCGACAUACCAAAGAAAGCUUGUGAUCGCCGGAUCAAUGAGUUUGUGAAACGUGCUAGAGCUGCCAAGAUCCACGCCUACAUAAUGAGCCAUCUCAAAAAGGAGAUGCCUGCAUUAAUGGGAAAAGCUAAAACACAGCGACGGCUAAUGGACAAUCUUGAAACUGAAUUUGAAAAGGUUCAGAGAGAAUACCAUCUCCCAGCUGGGGAUUUUCCCAAUGUCGAGCACUUUAGGGAGGUCUUGAGUCGUUAUAACAUUGAUGAUUUUGAGAAACUGAAGCCCAAGAUGAUUCAGGCUGUUGAUGACAUGCUUGGCUAUGACAUCCCAGAGCUAUUGAAAAAUUUUAGGAACAUUUAUGAUUAAAAUGGUU